AGCCCUGCUUUGCUGUCCCUCCUACAGGCCAUGGCAGCCCUGGCAGCCAGAGUGUCCAAGCAACGCGCAGCUGCCGAGGGGCUUGGCUCGAACCAGAAUGCCGUGAAGUAUUUGGGGCAAGACUUUGAGACCCUGAGGAAGCAAUGCUUGAGCUCAGGGGUCCUAUUUAAAGAUCCGGAGUUCCCAGCGUGUCCGUCAGCUUUGGGCUACAAGGAUCUCAGACCCGGCUCCCCCCAGACUCAAGGCGUCUUAUGGAAGCGACCCACGGAAUUGUGUCCCAACCCUCAGUUUAUUGUUGGUGGAGCCACGCGCACGGACAUCUGCCAAGGGGAACUAGGUGACUGCUGGCUUCUGGCAGCCAUUGCCUCUCUCACCUUGAAUGAAAAGCUGCUUUACCGGGUGGUCCCCAGGGACCAGAGCUUCCAGAAGAACUAUGCAGGCAUUUUCCAUUUCCAGUUCUGGCAGUAUGGAGAGUGGGUGGACGUGGUCAUUGAUGACAGACUCCCCACCAAGGAUGGACAACUGCUCUUCCUGCACUCAGAAGAAGGCAAUGAAUUCUGGAGCGCUCUGUUGGAGAAAGCCUAUGCCAAGCUCAAUGGUUCCUAUGAGGCUCUUGCUGGAGGCUCCACAAUUGAGGGGUUUGAAGACUUCACAGGUGGCAUCUCUGAGUUUUAUGACUUGAGGAAACCCCCAGGCACUCUGUACCGCGUCAUCACGAAGGCCCUCCGCGCCGGCUCCCUGUUGGGUUGUUCCAUUGACGUCUCAAGUGCGACUGAAGCAGAAGCCACCACCAGGCAAAAACUGGUUAAGGGUCAUGCGUACUCUGUUACCGGAGUGGAAGAGGUGGAUUUCUGUGGCCACCCGGAGAAGCUGAUCAGACUGAGGAACCCGUGGGGUGAAGUGGAAUGGUCGGGAGCCUGGAGUGAUGCUGCACCUGAGUGGAAUCACAUAGAUCCCCGGAAGAAGGAAGAGCUGGACAAGAGAGCAGAGGAUGGAGAGUUCUGGAUGUCCUUUUCGGAUUUCUUGAAGCAGUUCUCUCGACUGGAGAUAUGCAACCUGUCCCCAGACUCUCUGAGCAGUGACGAGGUCCACAAAUGGAACCUGGUGCUCUUCAAUGGCCGCUGGACAAGAGGUUCUACAGCUGGGGGCUGCCAGAACCACCCAGCCACUUACUGGACCAACCCCCAGUUCAAAAUCCAUUUGGAUGAGGUGGAUGAGGACCAGGAAGAGGGCACUAGCGAAGCCUGCUGUACAGUGCUGCUGGGUCUGAUGCAGAAGAACCGCAGACGACAGAAGAGGAUCGGCCAGGACAUGCUCAGCAUAGGCUACGCCAUCUACCAGAUUCCCAAGGAGCUGGAGAGGCACGCGGAGGCACACCUGGGCCGGGACUUCUUCCAGGGUCGCCAGCCGUCCGCCUGCUCCAGCACCUACAUGAACCUGCGGGAAGUGACCAGCCGGGUCCGACUGCCCCCAGGACAGUACCUGGUAGUGCCAUCCACCUUUGAGCCCUUCAAGGACGGUGACUUCUGCUUGAGGGUGUUCUCAGAGAAGAAGGCCAAGGCUCUGGAAAUUGGGGAUGCUGUAGCUGGAAGCCCACAUGAGCCACCUCCAUGUGACGUGGAUCCAGAAGACAAGCAUUUCUGGAGCCUGUUGGAGGAGUUUGCAGGCAAGGAUUCUGAGAUCACUGCUAAUCAGCUCAAGAGAGCCCUAAAUGGAGUGUUUUCCACACGAACAGGCAUGAAAUUUGAUGGAUUUAACAUCAACACUUGCAGGGAAAUGAUCAGCCUGCUGGAUAGUGAUGGGACUGGAACCCUGGGACCUGAGGAGCUCAAGACACUCUGGCUGAAGGUUCGCAAGUAUCUGGAGAUCUACCAGGAAAUGGACCACAACCAUGUAGGGACCAUUGAUGCCCAUGAGAUGAGAACAGCUCUCAAGAAGGCAGGGUUCACUCUCAACAACCAGGUGCAGGAGAUUAUUGCCAUGAGGUAUGCAAGCAGCAAGCUUGGCAUUGACUUUGAUGGCUUUGUGGCUUGUGUGAUCCGCCUGGAGAGCCUGUUCAAACUUUUCAGGCUUUUGGACAAGAACCAGAACGGCAUUGUCCAGCUCUCCUUGGCUGAGUGGCUGUGCUGUGUGCUGGUCUGAGAGGACAUCAGCAACUUCCCUGAGUCCGCUUGUCUCUUUGCAAUCUUGUGAACACGGAUCCUCAAGUGACAUUUUCUGAUUAUUGUAUUGUUCCAGCUAAUCACUGUUCCCGAGACGCUUGUCUGUCCCAACAGAGCAGGCUGGGGAGCCCCAGAUCUCAGCAGCACAGAACUAUGCUAUUUGAGCCGAUCUCAGGGCCCAGCGGAAGGAAAUCAAUCACUUGAAGUUGUGGGUCAGAAUGGUCUCUGUCCUUCUCUAGAGAUGCACGAUGGUGAGGGGCACCCUGGGCCUUACAUGUGAUGGGAAAAGAUUCUAAACUACCAGAAGGCUGAAGAGAUGGAUGCUUUCCUGGAGGGGAGAGCUUCUGCAAGCAGGGAUGCUUCUGAGGGCCCUAGGUAAAAGAGGCAGUUUCAGCUAUGCUAAGAAAGAGCACAGACCUUUCUAGAGAAAGUGUGUCACUGCAGGUGGCUUGAACUGUGUUUGUAGUUCAAGAUGUGAGCCCUAGGCUUUCUGCUCCUGCCGCCAUAACUUCACUCAAUCAUCAGAGACACUCACCCUCUGGAGCCGUAAACACAAAUAAGGUUGUUCUUCUAUAAGGUGCCCUGGUCGUGGUGUUUUGCCACAGCAAUAGCAAAGUAACUGAUUCACCUGGCCACGCGCUGAGACGUUAUGAGUCCAAUUUCAAAAGUCCCCAUAGUCACAAUAGCUCCAACACUUCAAAAAUUUAACAUUUCUUCUGAGACUUGAGGCAAAUUCUUCACUGUGAACCUCUACAAAAAUAAUCAGACUAUCUACUUUCACUAUAGAGACACGGGAGGAAUGGGAGACCAGUGAGGAGAGAUUCGACCCAAGCCAAAUAGGGAAGACACUAAAUUACAUGGUUCCGUGUCUGGCCUGUGGGGCAUGUGAUGAUAUCAAUCAACUCCAAGGGGCUGGCGUAGCCCCUCCAGCUGCCUGUAGCGCAUGUGGGUUCCUUUUGGGGCCACAUCCAAUUGUGCCUAUAUGUUUUAUCAGCAUACGUCUGUCACCUACUCCUGGAGUCGCCAAUGAAACUUGGGCUUCACAUUUACAGCCUACUCAGGAGGGUCCGUGUAGGGAACCCCGACUGUGCUAUACAUUUCCCGGCCUUCGGCUUUUCUCUGGAAUCUCAUAGCAAAGCUCUACAGUACUUGCAUUCUUUGUGCUUGAAAACCCAGCACCACAUGACAACACCAGUUCUUGUUACCAACCCAGGAGAUUGCCAGGGCUCCAAAGAUGAUGGUGGCAGUGGAUUCUGCAUACAUACCCCAGAAGCCUGGGGAAGCAUUUCCUGAGUGGCCCUUUAGGCAUUCUUUCAGAGACCCUCUCAUUUCAAAUGAAAGUCUUUCAAAUGAGUUUUUCUGCCUUCUAGGUGAGCUAUUUGCCUUGAGGUUUGCUCUUGUACCAGGGCAAAGAGCUCAAUUUGUCUUUAACAAUAACCAUGGCUUGGCUUGUGGUGUUCACUUGGCUCACUACUUUAACUGCAUUCAGACCUUUGCUGAAUGUUUUACAAAUCCUUCUGCUUUAUGGUGGUGACUCGAAAGAAAACAACUCCCAAAGAGGGUGUGGCCUUGGUGGAGUAGGUGUGACCUUGUUGGAGUAAGUAUGUCACUGUAGGAGGCAGGCUUUGAGGUCUCAUCUCAAGGUUCAUUCAGUGUAGCAGACAGUCAACUUCCUGUUGCCUCUGAGUCAAAAUGUAGGGCUCUGAGCUCCGGCACCACAUCUGCCUGCAGGCCACUGUGCUCUCUGCCAUGGUGACAAUGGACUGAACCUCUGAAACUGUAAGCAAGCCUUCCUCCUCCUUCAAAGUUUUUCUUUGUAUGAGUUACUGUGGUCAUGGUGUUUCUUAUAGCAAUAAAAAGCCUAAGACAUCUACUCUUUAUUCUCAGUGGUUCUCAUUGUAAAUCUGGUUAGAAACAGCCAGUGAUAACCAUGCCACACACAGCCUGUGUGCUGUGCUGGCUUGAAAUUUUCUUUACCAGAUAAAUUAAUCCAUGACUUUUGAAUUCAACUUCAAUUAAAGACAUGGCUGAAAUCCA